AUGGUCGGCGUCCCUCACAGUACUGGCUGCUCUCUCUGUCGCGAGCGACGUAUUAAGCGCACCUUUCGCUUCCAGGAUGAACGACCCGCCCUUGAGCGUCGUCAUCAAUCAUCCGUCACCCGGUCCACGUCCAUCACGCAGUCCACUCGUCCGCGUCCGCGUUCCAUCCCAGACGCAGCGGCCGCAGUACGAGAGAAUGCCCUAGCCAUGAUGCAGCAGCAAUCACCUACCAGUCCGUCGCAGAUGCAGACACAGACGCAUGCGCAGCCCCAUCUCAUCGAGGAAUUCAUCGCCUCGGCAUUCUGCACUCUGUAUUUCCACAAUCGAUUCAGAUUCGCCAGUCAGACGGACUUCCCUGCGUACAUUGCGCGGAAUGCAGGGUCCAAGCCGUUCCAAGACGCAGCGGUCGCGUGUCUAGUGUGUGUGUAUCGAGCAUAUCAGAUGCAGGACCAUGCGUUGCUGAAGACCAGUCGACAUAUGUAUGCGCAGGCUCUGCGCGAGGUGGUGGCCGGUUUGUACGGUGAGGAUGCGCUCUCGGCGGACAUGUUGAGUUCGAUGAUGAUGUUGGCUGUGUAUGAGAUGUAUGCGCGCACUAGUCGUGAUGCCUGGGCGGUGCAUGUAGACGGUGUGAGACGGUUGAUGGUGAGUCGUGGCGCGGCCGCCCAUCAGAGGGGACUCGGACGGUCUAAUUAUAUCGCGUUCCGCGGGUUCCUGAUCGCCGCGGCGGUGCAAGAAGGACGACCCUGUAUUCUGGAUGAGGAUGAAUGGAGGUGGUUGUCUGGGAGAGUGCAGAUCGAGGACGCUGCGAAGCAAGGGAGCGCUGCUAGGUUCGUGGAUGUCACGGAACGGGUGUUUCAAGAGAUUGUCCAAUGCCCGCGGUAUCUCAGCGAAGCGAUGCAGGGAUCUGCGACAGUGGGGAGUGACAUUCACCGUGCACGAGUGCGGUUGACCCCGUUGAUUAUGGAGUUGCGUCGGGCCAUUGAGACGCAGGUGCAGACGUCGGAUGGAGACCAAGGACCCUCGUUGCUGUUGCUGGGGGCGGAGACGACGCUGACGCUGCUGGAUGAUCUGCUGCGUCGGCAACGCUCCGACGGACGAUUCAGUCCCUUCCGUGUGGUCUCCGGAUUGAGUAAGGGUUCUUCCUAUGGAAUGACUUGGCCGGACCAAGUGGCUUCGUCCAUGGGUAUGCUGGGUACGGUCAUCGUGGACGAUGGACCUUGUACAUGA